GGCCAGAACCCCGCCCGAUCACGUGGGGCAUCACAUGACCCAGCAAAAAGUCGAGCAUUCACCCUCGACAUCAGCCUGGCCGUCACAACCAACCGGCGGUCGACGUAGCUAUUGACAUAUCAUCCCGCCUGAUGCUAGGCGUCUUCAGCCAUUUACCCCCAGGCACUUCUUCUGACAAAGACUGUUCAAAGUGCAGAUCGCGACGGAUCCAAUGUGAUAGAACAGUACCCCAGUGCCGGAAAUGCAUCUCCCGUAAUCUGGACUGUCCAGGCUAUGGGCCGGUGUUUAAAUGGGUGCAAGGGGUGGCCAGUCGUGGCAAACUUAGCGGCCAGGCAAUCCCCGUGCCCAAGAAGAACGAGAAGAAUAAGAAUGAGGAAGAGCGACACUCUCGGUUGCGGAUUGCCGAGCCCCCGGGGUCGGAGAUCGAUUUUCAACUUGAGAGUCCGGCUGAGACCCUCGUGUCCCACUUGCUAGCCCAUUUUGACCAGCAUGUCGCGACAAGGCUCGCAUGGGUCGAUGGGCCCGACAACCCCUGGCGAAACAUCGUCAUGCAAUUGACGCAUUCGUCUCCUGUGGUCUUCUACUCGGUUCUCGCCAUGGCUUCGGAAGACCUGAUCCUUCGAUACGAAACCGGGUACCGGCUGCGCCGACUGCAGGCUGCUUCAUUUGGCUAUAAAAGCAAGACCUUGUCGCUUCUCGGACAGCAGCUGAACAUGCUGCCACGGAACGCCUUGGCGUUACCAGGGCAUACUCUCCAGGUACGAUGUAUUCUCGCCGCAAUUCUGCUUCUGUACAACGUGGAGCUGCUUACGGCCGAGGAUGCGCGCUGGCGAGUACAUAUCCAAGGGGCACGCGCAGUCAUCCAAUGGAUGUCACAGGCCAUCGCUCGUCGCCAUGUGGAUGACCAAGCGGAUGUCUUUCUGCUCUACGAGUAUUACUAUUCCUCAGUGUUCAUGAGUCUGACGACUUUCGACCCUUCGGAGGACAUCACGAAAACGAUUCAAACCCACGAUACGUUAACCGUAUUCAGCGACUUUGUUCAAGUCAUGCAGACGGUCACUCGUGCGGAGCGGGAGAAGCACGCUGCGAAUCCCAACGCUAUCAUGCCCACACUGGAGGAUAUGAGGGAAGAGAUUGACGCGGCGAGGUCCAGGACUUUGCUGCUCAGUCAGCGUAUCCAAUUCACGUCGGCUGAAGCACAGCGCGAUUUCGACCAUCUUUCCUCUAUGUACUACCAUGCGUGCUUGAUAUAUAGUUAUCGGGCCCUAGGGGAUAGUUCCGCCGAAGAACCGUUCAUUGUCAUAUCGCGGGACGCAGUGCUGGACCACGUCUCUUGCCUGACGGACAGCACGUCGUUUGCUCAAGAUCUGGUCUGGCCACUUUUCAUCGCGGGCACGGAGUGCAGAGGAUGCCCCGCCAAACAGACGACGGUAGAACGUGCAAUGCUGUUCGUGAUGCGGAUCAGUGGUCGGCUGGACCGGGAUCGCGUGCUGGCCUUUCUGAAGGCUUACUGGGAAACAGAGUUGAGCCCCAAUGUAACCUGGAUCCAAUUCGCCCGGUCCAGAGCGGCGGAUUCUAGUUUUCUGAUCAUCUGAAGCGAGAAGAUUAGGUGCAUGAGUCACUCCGUUCGCUGGACAUGACACAAUGGCUGUGUUCGGGGGCAUGAUCCGGUGCCAACUACC